AUGCCCGUUGCGCAGUACCUCGAAGACCAGCCCGGGGAAUCCAAACAGCGUCGUCGUAGCAUCGUCACUACCAUCAGCACCCUUAGGGAGAUUUGCUGCGGCCGUGGCGCUGCUGUCUUCCCACCCACCCAAGAGUUCGCAGCUGCUGCCCGGGCUAUCUCCCCAACCCCUGUUGAGCACCAUACCCCGCUGGCGUCCCUCGCUCUCACCUUCAGGGGCUUCUUCGAUCUCGGUGAACUUGGCCUCGGAGUUGGGUGCCAAAGUCUCGCUGGCUGGGUCUUCAAGGUACGCAAUAUCCCAACAGCAUCGGCGGUGGCGGUUGAACUCGUACGAGCCAGGCAGGUUUCCGUGAAGCACAAGUUUGGUUGCUACAAGUUUGUCCGGGGAUGCGCUCGUGAAUCGCUUCUCCGGAACGGUUCCGUCACGAUUAUAACCGGGUGGGCGUCUGGAGGGUGUUGUGGGUGUUGA